AUGACUUCCAGAAAGCGCUCGUCGGGUAAUGACCUCGACAGUAGUGCUCAGCCGAAGAAGGCCAAAGUCAGCGCAUCUGAAAGCGUGACCGGCAAAAUUGAUGCCAACGGAGAUCGAUUCUGGGAGAUUUCUAGAAUGCGGCGUGUGACCAUCUCUUCUUUUCGUGGAAAAACCUUGGUGGGCGUCCGAGAGUACUACGAGAAAGAUGGGCAGGAACUACCGGGAAAGAAGGGUAUCUCAAUGCCACUGGACCAGUUUUCUUCCCUGAUCACGAUACUCCCGGAUAUUGAACAGGCUCUCAAACAGAACGGCGUGUCUUUGCCACGACCUGUCUACUCUGACAAUGUGGAUCCAUCUGAUGAAGGCGACGAAGCAGAUCAGGAAGACUCUGGCGAGGGGAAAAGCUCCCCCAAACAGAAUAUCGAGGCGACAAGUGAGGAGGAAGAGAGCGAAGCCUAA